UUUCUUGUCUGGUAACAUCCAAAAAAAGAAUUUUUUUUCGAUUGGCAACGCUUAAAAAUAUUUGACGGCUCAGCUGUUUAAACGACAAAACGGAAAAAAAGUUCAUUAGUCUUUUAAUAUCAUAUUAUUGUUCUUUGUGUGGUUUUGUUAAUUUGAAUUCAGAAAUACGAGGACUCAAAAUUUUACGAACACAGGUUCUGUUUUAGUGAUUUUCAAUUUGUAAUAUAAUUUAAUUUGCUUUGGAGAUGAGCCAAAGUCGUCGUCGUGUAAACGCUGAAAAAUAUACUAAACUGGAGAGUGAUAAGCGAGCUGGGCGAGAUGAGGGUGACGAUGGGUUUGUUGUUGAACAGUUUGCUGUGCCUCCUCGUAAGAUACAAUGGAAGGCAGUGUUUUUUAUAGUUUGCUUUUUAAUAGUGGGUGGAGUUUGCCUGACAGCUGGCUUACUUAUAUCUAUGGGUUAUUUUGAAAAGAAAUAUGCAGAUCGAAGUUAUCCUCUUAUUAUAAUGGGAGUCAUAAUGUUUAUACCUGGCGGCUAUUAUGGCUACAUAUUGCUGUGCGUUUUAUGCAAACGUCACGGUUUCUCCUACGAUGAUGUGCCUAGACUAUGAGGAGGAAUAUUCCAUCUUUGUUAAUAAUAUACAUUUUUCUCGUGCAAUUGUUUUUCAGCAACAGACUGCCAUACGUGUAUGUUUGUAUACAUUAUAAUACGCUUAUUUAUUUUGAUUUGAAAUGCAAUUUAUGCAUUGGUUAGUUUUUAAGAAAA